UGUGCCUAUAGCUUCUUGCUCCCUCCCUGUGACAUACAGUAGAUGGUGCAUCGAUUGCACGCAGACGCUCGCCUUCCCUCUUGCUAGGAAGUCCUGUGUAGGGAGGAGAGGACGGAUUGAGACACAUCUCUCUCUCUCUCUCUCUCUCUCUCUCUCUCUCUCUCUCUCUCUCUCUCUCUCUCCCUCUCUCUCUCCCCCUCUCUCUCGCUCUCUCUCGCUCUCCUUCGUUCUGCUGAGCUAAUGUGAGGAGCUCGUCUGCCUUCUCUCUCCCAUCAAGGAGGAUCCUGCUGUAGAGAUGCCCACUGGGAAUGUCCCCUCUCUCCGUCGUGUGGAGAUCUGAAGCCAGUGCAAUGUCUCAGCUGCUGCAUAUGGAGAUCCCCAACUUUGGCAGCGUGGUGCUGGACAGCCUGAACGAGCAGCGGCUGCUGGGCCAGCACUGUGACGUGGCCAUCAUGGUCAAUGGGCAGGCCUUCAAGGCCCACCGUGCCGUGCUGGCCGCCAGCAGCCUCUACUUCCGUGACCUCUUCAGCGACAGUAGCCAGGCACUGUUCGAGCUGCCCUCGUCUGUGGCUCCAUCGUGCUUCCAGCAGAUCCUCUCUUUCUGCUACACGGGCCGCAUGACGGUGACAGCCAGCGACCAGCUCAUGGUCAUGUACACGGCGGGUUACCUGCAGAUCCAGAACAUCGUGGAGCGCGGCAUGGACCUGAUGUUCAAAGCGAGCGCGCCGUUCUGCGACUCGCAGACAUCCGCCGUGGACGACCCCCCCAGCCCGAACAACAGUGGCGGUGGUGGAAACAACAAUAACAACUCCUCCCUGUUGCUAGGCGACCAGCCCACGGCCGUUUGCAAAAUAAAGGAGGAGAGGCUGGAGACCCCAGUGUGCGCUCAGAGCGGGGAGCUCAAGCAAGCCGAGGAUGACGGUAAGGGACUGAGGGGCAGGUCUUCACGGGGGAGCGCGCUCUUCUACACGAGCGGCGGUGGAGGGACGGCAAACGGUACGCUGAGCGCGCUUCAUCCUUUCGAGCACACCUCCAGGGACCACUCCAGCCCUGGGGCUUCCAGCCUGCCCACCACGGACAGUCCCACGUCCCAUCAGAACGAGGAGGAGGACUUCGAAGAUGACUCGUAUGACAACCUUGCCGGCGGGAAGAUCUACGGUGUCUCGGCCGCUCUCUAUGGCAUGCAUGAGAAAAUGGAGGUGUCCUCCCUGCCUCCUUCCCUGGAGAGCCGCUUUGGCGUGCUGCUCGGAGGUGACAGAGAAGCUCUGCCUGCCGGACUGAUCAGCCAGAUUGGUUACCGCUGCCACCCUGCCCUGUACACAGAGGGCGAUCCAGGAGAGAGGCUGGAGCUCAUCGCAGGAUCUGGUGUGUUUAUGACACGGGGGCAGCUGAUGAAUUGCCACUUGUGUGCUGGGGUCAAGCACAAAGUCCUGCUUCGCCGCCUGCUCGCUGCUUUUUUUGACAGGAACACAUUGGCAGACAGCUGCGGGACAGGCAUCCGCUCAUCUAACUGUGAUCCAAAUCGCAAACCCCUGGAUAGCCGCAUACUGAACACAGUCAAGCUCUACUGUCAGAACUUUGCCCCAAACUUCAAGGAGAGUGAGAUGAACGUGAUCGCCGCAGACAUGUGCACCAAUGCCCGCCGGGUCCGCAAGCGUUGGCUUCCCAAGAUCAAGUCCAUGCUUCCUGAGGCCAUCGAGGUGUACCGCGGCUCCGUGGUUCUGGGCCAGGUGGACGCCGCCGCUCAACCCAGCCCUGCCUUCCCCUUCGAGGCUGAAUUCAAGCACUUGGCCCAGUCUAACCUGACACUGGAGCAGCACCUCUAUGGAGACUGCAGAGAGACACUGAGGAACGGCACUAACUUCCCCGGUGCCAGCACAGAGGAUCGGGCCGGCACAGAGGCGGGCAAAGCCGACCCGCUGCGAGCGCGGGCCGGGGACGACUCGGAGGAUGCGCCAGCGAGGCACCAGGAGAGCUCAGAGAGGGCAGGGACUGUGCUCGCACUCAACCCAGCCAGCAAGAGGGCAGACGGGGAAGGGCCAGCCGGCAGCCCCAAGACCCCUCAAGAGGAGCUAAGUGGAGAGAGACCCCUGGUGGAAGAGCAGUGAGUGCCUCUUCUUCACACGACUCGAACCUGUACUACUGUUUGACCGGGUAAAGGACCACUGGCGCUCAUUACAUGGCUUGUGCCAUCUAAACAACAUGUCAAAACGCUGCACGAUGGGGGAUGAUGGACAUGCAACAGUUAUCCUGGAUAGAGCAACAAACUUCAAAGCCAAAUACAUCAAUUUGCAAAGAGUUGUAAGAGAUUAAGCAGCCAUUUAUCAUAAGUAUGUUACUCUCGUUCUCUUACACGUACGCGUGCGCACACACACACACACACACACACACACACACACACACAUUUGCACACACUCACGCUGGCAUCCUACAGUGUGGGUAAUUAUGCAUGUGAUGCUCAGCAUUUUACUGAUUACUCAGAACUACACAGACCAUAUAAACGUUCACAGACCUCUGCAUGGUAAGAAAAAAGUCAAACAAGCAAAGGAUAACAAACACCUGUUCAUUAACCCAACACACAUGCUUUAGCUAUCAAAGUUAUCCUGCUGGACUGUAGCAGGAGGAGGAGAAGAGCAGAGAGCUGCUUUACUGGGAAAGAGCCCAGUGUGGGACUGCUGACUUGAACACAGAGUAGGAAGCAGAACAGAGAACAACAGUCCUCUGGAGCGAGAAAGGCUGGGCUCUUACUUUCUCCUCCCAUGCUUUUUUUGCCCCACACACACACACACCCACCCACCCCCCCACUGCCACCCAUUCGCUCAGACUGAAGCUGCUGUAUAGUACAUGCUUGCCUGGGUUUUGCGAGUCAGCUGGUCUGGAAAAUUGAAAUACUGACGGUUUUAGAAGUGAAAUAAAGGAAAGUAUUAUUUUGAGGGACAUAUUGGUAUUGCUCCUUAUACUGGUAUUGCUCCUUGCAACAAAAAUGAAGUAUAUAUUUACAGAUCAGAUAAUGCCAUAAGAGAGUAGUCCUGAUCUUUUUAAAAAAUGUUUAUUAUUCUUUUAUUCUGUUUCCAUUCAUGCAUACAUGAUUGCCUGAUUUAAUUUCGCAUGAUCAGUUCUGUUGCCUCUUCAUGACCUAAUGUGUGUAUGACUAGUGAAUAUUUAAAGUGUGUAAGCAAUCAGUUUAACACAUGAUUGGGUUCCCUUCUCUCUGUAUGCUAAGUUGCUGAAUGAGUAGGUUUGGUAAAACAAGCAACAUAAAUAUGAUUGUACCUGCUCAGCAUGAGCACAUGACAAGAUCGCGUUACUUUCAGAAGAGCAGAAUAUCAUGCAUGUUAACUUCAGCGGGAGAUCAGGAAAUGCAUGACAUAUGCGUCUUUGGCCAAAAUGAUAAACAUAUUGAUUAGAAAACUGAUUGGCUCCCGAGGUGGGCUUACAGAGAUCAUACGGCGUAUAAGGAUGGGUUGUUUUUUUAAGCAGACAAGAAGAAGGAUACAAGAAAGAGAUAAGCCUUAAUGAGUUAAUGCUACCAUGACCAUCACCAAAGUCUAUGAGAAUGCUUCCUUUCCUCUGCAAAGACAGCAGACUGGCACGAUCACUAAGGAGGAGGGGAGAAAGAGGUUCAUUUUCAUUAUUGGUGUUGCUCAAGGCUUGAAUGAUGAGCUGAAUGUUUCGUGGACUGAUCAUUCUGUUUACUGUCAUCCUGCUGUUUUUUCAGUUUUUUAAAAUUUAUUUAUUCCCAGUUAAUUACUUUUUGUGAAUCAAUAAUGGUUCAAUCAUCAUAAAAAUUGCUGCUGUCAGAUGAGUUCUUUAAAUAAAUCUGGUGAAGCCA